AGAGAGAGAGAGAGCAAUCAUUUUGAAAUCACUUCACUCUCACACACACAACGUGCAGUCGCGCGGUGAGCGGUGGAGCGAACGAUCCCGAGGCAGCCCAUAGUUGUGUAGCUGUACAGAGGGUGACUGACAGAGGACCAAAACGCUGGCAACUAAUGGACAUAUAGUAUAUUGUUUUUGUUUUUUUUACUCUGGAACCCUCUGCUACGGGAACAUAUUGAGGAUUAGUUUAGCAGCUGGUGAGAAUGUUCCAAACUAAGCACAGGAUGCUGCUAUAAAACUGGUCCGGAGACGUACUAUAUAUGGUUGUUUCCGUAUCCGAGGAGGGGACAACAAUCUGAUGUGCAGCGCUUCUGGUCACCAAGUUGUUUUCUGCCGGCAAUUAACGCACUCGAUUUGAUAUCAGGGGGACCGUCAUUGGAUUUGAAGGAAUAGGCUAACCGUCGUCGGCUGAUCAAGUGGAUUGUUUGUUUGUUGUUGGGUUUUUUUUAUCACGGGGAGUGCGUUGUUCAUGUAUUGUGGAUUCCUACUUGUGGGGAGAUAUUGAGGGCUGAAGUGGCUUCGUUCAGGAGAGGAGAGGGAUCGAAGCUUCUAGCCCGGCUGAAGCGCUCAGAACUGGGAUAGGCUACUGAGGAGUUCUCCUCUAUCCAAGACCGAUGCGUUUCCAGUCAAGCGGAGUGAUGGUGCUGAGGUGGGAUGCCACUCUGGUGUUGGCCGCCAUGCUUCUGGUUUGCUGUGCCGCCGAUCCCACUGACAUUCUCUACCGGAUGCUCGAGGAGCAGCCGCCCAACACGUUGAUCGGCAGCCUGGCAUCGGACGAGGGCCUGCCCGACUCAGGCCAUCUGUACAAGCUGGAGGUGGGCACCCCUUACCUGCGCGUGGACGGCAAGACGGGAGACAUUUACACCACAGAGGUCCCCAUCGACCGUGAGACACUGCGGGACUGCCGCAACCUGCUCGAGGGCGACAAGUGCUUCCUGGAGUUCGAGGUGUCCAUCACGGACCUGAAGCAGGGCCAGGGACCGCGACUGAUCGAGGGCCGCAUCGAGGUGCAGGAUGUCAAUGACAACACACCCCAGUUCACCUCGCCCAUCCUCAUGCUGUCCAUCCCAGAGAACACACACAUCGGGGCGCUCUUCUCCAUCCCCAUGGCCAGCGACAAGGACUCGGGCCACAACGGCGUGGCCGAGUACUCGCUCAGCGCCGGGCCUGACGCCGACCAGCUCUUCAGCCUGCAGGUGGCCGAGGACACAGACGAGAAGCAGCCGCAGCUCAUCGUCAUGGGCAACCUGGACCGCGAGCAGAAAGACUCGUACGAUCUCAACAUCCGUGUGGUGGACGGGGGCACACCACCGCGAGCCAGCAGCGCCCUGCUGAGGGUGACCGUCACCGACCAGAACGACAACGCACCCAAGUUUGAGAGGAGCCACUAUGAGGCUGAGCUGGCUGAGAACAGCCCUGUGGGACACUCAGUCUUGCAGGUGAAAGCCAACGACGCUGACAUGGGUACCAACGGGGAGAUCGACUAUAGCCUGCACCAGGCCUCCGAUGCCGUCCAGAGGUUGCUACGCAUUGACCGCUCCACAGGGAUCAUCUACGUCAAGGGGCUGGUGGACCGAGAGGAGGAGAGCUUCCUCAAGUUCUUCGUGGUGGCCAAGGAUCGCGGCCCCAACUCGAAGAGCUCCAAAGUCCUGGUGACCAUCAACGUCAAGGACCAGAACGAUAAUGCACCCGCCAUCGAGAUCCGUGGCAUCGGCCUGGUCACCCACCACGAUGGUGUGGCCAACAUCUCAGAGGACAUGCCCAUCGGCACGGCUGUAGCCCUGGUGCAGGUGUCGGAUCGUGAUGAAGGGGAGAAUGCUGUGGUCACCUGUGUGGUGGCCGGGGACGUCCCCUUCCAGCUGCGGCCCGCCAGCGAGUCAGCCAACGACCGCAAGAGGAAAUACUUCCUGCAGACCACGACCCUGCUAGACUACGAGCGCAUCAAGGACUACAGGAUUGAAAUAGUAGCGGUGGACUCCGGUAACCCUGCACUGUCCAGCACAAACUCCCUGAAGGUGCAAGUCACCGACAUGAAUGACAAUGCCCCUGUCUUCUCCCCCAAUCUGUUUGAGGUGGACUUUGCAGAGGAGAAUCAGCCAGGUGAUAAGGUCCUGGAUGUGGUGGCCACAGACGCGGACAGUGGGUCCAACGCAGAGCUGACCUACAGCAUCAUCAUGGACUCAACCACUAAGGGGCUCUUUGAGAUCGACCCCAAAACGGGAGAGGUGCACGUGAGGAAUACGCUGGACCGUGAGCACAGGGAGCAGUACGAGUUCCACGUGGCGGCAGCCGAUAAGGGCUCGCCUAGCCUGAGGGGGACGGCCACGGUGGUGGUCAAGGUGCUGGAUCGUAACGACAACGACCCCAAGUUCAUGUUGAGCGGCUACAGCUUCUCCGUCUUGGAGAACAUGCCUCCGCUCAGCCCUGUUGGCAUGGUGACGGUCAUCGACGCAGAUAAGGGCGAGAACGCCAUGGUGCGACUCUCUGUGGAGCCCGACAAUGGCAAGUUUGUCAUCCAGAAUGGCACAGGUACUAUCCUCUCCAGCAUAUCCUUUGACCGUGAGAAGGAGAGUACAUACACUUUCCGCCUCAGGGCUGUGGACGCCGGUGACCCUCCCAGGUCCUCCUACGUGGGUGUGACCAUCAACGUCUUGGACGAGAACGAUAACUCCCCCUACGUCACCAAGCCCUCUAACUCCUCCUACAAGUACCUCCCACCUCUCACGACCCCCGAGACACGCGUUGAAGUGGUGGAGGCCGAAGACAUCGACACGGGACCCAACUCCGAGCUGGUCUUCAGCAUUACCGGAGGGAACCCCUACGGACUGUUUCACAUCUCGCCCAACAAUGGGGAGAUCACCCUGGCCCAGGAGUUCACCCGCAAGCACAACGGGCUCCACCGUCUGGUGGUGAAGGUGAGCGACAAAGGCAAGCCACCACGCCACACCACCGCCCUGGUCCACAUCUUCGUCAAUGAGACCAUGGGCAACAUCACCCUGAUCGAGUCUCUGGUGGGUCACAGCCUCUACACUCCUCUGGACAGAGACAUUGCCGGGGACCCCAACUAUGCGCUGGCCCAGCGCAGCAACAUCCUGUAUGGCAGCCUAGCGGGCAUCGCCGGAGUCAUCCUGGUCAUCGUGGUGGUGGUGGUGAUCCGUCAUCGCAUGCAGAAGGACACCAAGAGCGGCUACCAGGCGGGCAAGAAGGAGAGCAAGGACCUGUAUGCCCCCAAAGCAGGGCCCAAGAAUGGCAAGGGCAAAAAGAGCAAGAAGGGCAAGGUGCCCAAGCCCACCAAGCCACUGGAGGAGGACGAAGAGGCCAGCCUCCAGAAGGGCCUCAAUUUCAACCUCAUAAACGAUAGUGUCAAUGACAGUCCCCGGAUCCACCUGCCCCUCAACUACCCCCCGGGCAGCCCCGACCUGGGCAGACAUUACCGCUCCAACUCCCCACUGCCCUCCAUCCAGCUGCAGCCCCAGUCCCCCUCUGCCUCCAAGAAGCACCAAGCCGUUCAGGACCUGCCCGCCACCAACACCUUUGUGGGCACAGGUGACAACAACUCUACAGGCUCCGAUCAAUAUUCGGAUUACAGCUACAAGGCAAACCCGCCGAAAUACAGCAACAAACAGCUCCCCCAUCGCCGAGUGACCUUCUCCACAGCCAAUCAGGCUCAAGACCUGCAGGACCCCUCCCAGCACAGCUACUACGACAGCGGAUUGGAGGAAUCGGAGACCCCCAGCUCCAAAUCGUCAUCGGGGCCCCGCAUUGGGCCCCUGGCCCUGCCUGAGGACCACUACGAGAGGACCACCCCGGACGGCAGUAUCGGAGAGAUGGAGCACCCGGAGAACGAUCUCAGGCCUCUGCCUGAUGUGGCCAUGACUGGGAACUGCACCCAUGAGUGUACCGAGUUCGGCCACUCCGACGCCUGCUGGAUGCCUGGCCAGCCCUCCCCCAAUCGUAAGAGCUCCACCAAGAACGCCCCCAAGCUCUCCACCUUCGUGCCUUACCUGGAGAGUGAGGGGCAGGACCACCUCUUGGCCAACGGCAGUCCCAAGCCCAUGGCAGACGAGCGUGGGAGUGCUGGAGGUGGCAGCGGAGGCUCCAAGGUGGCUAACAUCCGCUUCCUGCCCCCUUACAGCAGUGCCUUCUCCGGGGGCAGCGACUCCGGCAAAGGCUGCGAGGAGAUCCCCCUGAGCCAGGCAGCCGAGUACCAUUCCGCCACCACACCCACCAACCAGGGCUCCAAGAGAGAGAUUUACCUGUGAGGGCGAUGAUGUGGCCACCACCCCACCACCUUCACCCUUACCCAUAUGCCCACUGUUCCUGACCCCAUGCCCUCAGGCCUACCCCCUCACUGCCCCUGUGCCUAGCUGCUGUGUUGUCUGAGAAGUGCCAUAGCACCACCACCACCCUCCUUUUUAUAACCACCUCCCACCGUAUGAGGCUUUAGAAUCCACAAAACCUCCAAUGAAUUAAAUAAAGAGUACAAAUCGGUCCAAGCCAAACAAAGAAGAUACUUGGCGAGUGCAAAUUCUACUGACAGAAUGUAAACUACACUAUCAUUUAAACAUUGUGAUAACUUCAUUGGAGACUAUUUAGUUAUGAUUGCGUGUUCAAGUUUUUUUUUUUACAAUGAAUUUCCGCUGGAGUUCCGUUGGAACUGAAAACAAUGAGGGUAGAAAAGUGUUCUUGUUAAAUAGACACAUGAAUAUACAGUGUAUGGACAUCUAUUUUAGGUGUUCUUUUGUUUUUUCUGUUUUGUUUCCUUUUUUUUUUUUUUUAGAAGUGAGUGUCGGUCUCAACUCUGGGACCUCCAAUUAAUAAGCAAUAAGGCACGAGGGGGUGUGGUAUAUGGCCAAUAUACCACGGCUAAGGGCUGUUAUUAUGCACGACACACCGCGGAGUGCCUGGAUACAGCCAUUUGCCGUAUUUUGGCCAUAUGCCACAAACCCCUGAGGUGCCUUAUUGCUAUUAUAAUCUGGUUACUAAAGUAAUUAGAGCAGUACAAUAAAUGUACCCAUGGUAUACGGUCUCAUAUACCACGGCUGUCAGCCAAUCAGCAUUCGGGCCUAGAACCACCCAGUUUAUAACUAGAAUUAGAGCGGUGUUUCUCUUGCCUGACUACCCAAACUCCUUGCUCCUGCAAAAUGCUACACCACACCCACGGAUGUUAGUUUCUUCUCCGCAAUGAGUCAUGAUUCGAGUAUCUUGCGCAACGAUUUCUAGAAGAGGAAAAAAGCACUCUAGCCAUUCUGAUUGGUACCAGAAACCAAUGGGUUGGGACAGAGCCAGAACACGUGGGUAAAGCGGCAGUUUGAAAAUUCGACAUUGGCUUUGAUACUCUGAUUGGUUAGAGAUGAUCCAAUCACUGAUUACUAUGUUUUGUACACCGCCCCUCAUUUUAGUCGACACCACAAACAACUUCAAUGAUGGCAGUCUCAGACUGAAGUAUGUAGCGAACUGUAGAGCCGUGGAAGAAUUCAGUUUGAGUCGUCAGGCAAGUCCUGCUCCUACUCAAGAGGACACAGCUGACUGGUAAUUUUGCCAUUCUUUGCUCAACAUAAGACAUUAAAGUCCUCAACACAUUUUUCACAACCAAGAGGUCUUUAUCAAUGUACAGAGCUGUAAAUACAAUGGACAUGAGUUAGACUUUAAGCAUUUUAUUAGAUUAUUUUCCUUUUGCUGUAUAGAGCUUCAAUAAGAGCUGUACCUUUUUGAGUCAUUGUCGUUAAGAUCUCACAGUUGGUUGGUUGUGUUAUCCAUGAUGCACCGGUUGACAAUACCAAGUGUAACACUGGGAGGAUUUGUAACCUUUGACACAUCACUGAACAUGUGAAGCUACAGUACACAUUUGUGACUUUGUAUUCCUCAUCUUUCCUAUGAUCUUGGACAAAAGAAAAACCCUUCAGAAAAAAAUGGUGCUGGUGUUAAAUGUGUUGGCUGAAGUGGAUGUCAAUGUCUAUUGCUGUGCAUUUUCAGUCCCUCGCCACCCAAAUCUCAAACUCCUUGAUUGAGGUCUCACCGAAGGAUCAAUUCACACCAGGUAUCCAGUUGGAGAGCAACAAGAAACAGCUUGUUUUUGUUAAGGUGUAUCGUUCCAUGGUGCACAUACUCCAUAACUCUAACUCCCAUGUAUUGCAAUCUCUAGUUUCUAAGUUUGGCAAUUUAGUAGUCAUCUUUGUGAAAACUGAUGGUAUUUAUCACCUGCUGUUCCAAGUCAGUUCCCCACAGUAGCACGGCUGUUAGAGACCUGCUGUGGGUGUGAGGUAAAGUCUGUCCUGGUCCUGUGGUGUGACGGUGGUAGUAGUUGGAGAGUUGGGGAGGAUUCACAGCUCUCCUAUACACUAGCGCGCUAACCCCGCUAACCCCGCCAUGCAGAGGCAUUGCUCUAAUUGAGCCUGGAGGCAUCGUUCAUUAGCAGUGAUCAUUUCCACAUCUCAAAACCGAGCAGGGUGUCCUGGCGGUUUGGAAGUUAAUUUGGAGUCUCAUAAUAAUAACUGCUGACAGUAAUGGGGAUUUCACCUGUGGCAAUGAGCAUCAGCCAUGAUUGGACUAAUGAAAACGCAUUGAGGAGAAAAAAGAGAGUGUGAAAAAGACCUCCAGACUACUAACACUACAGCUGGAGCUCUUGCACAACAUAAACACCACCGCAGGAUACACUCAAAAAGACAUUGUUGUUGUUAUGGCUUGCUAGGAUACAAAACAUGAUUCAGGUGGGGUCAUUUAAGGGUCAUCACAUCAAAAAGCUAAGGUCACAAGGUCAGGCUAGUAUGUGUAUCUUAUGUUCCUGUGUCUGACCGUAGACUGCAUUUUUUUUUGUAUGCAUUUCUAGUAUGCUUUGAAUUACAGUUCACAUUCAACAAGUCCAUGGCUGACUUGAUUGUGCGUGCUUCAAUGUAUAACAUGAUUUACAUGUGACUAAAUGGUUAACCAUUGUAAAUAAUGCAUCAUUUAAAAAUCUCAGUCAUAGGUCUAUCAUGGUGACAAUCAAUCCCUGUGACUUUUGAAAAAGCACGUAUUUUAUUUAAAGCCACAUGAUAAAGGGAUAGGCUACAAGAACAAAUAAGGCACGAAAAGAACGGUGGACAGCAUUGAAUCUGCUUGAAAUCAACUGUAUUUCAGUUCUACUGGGCUAUGUCAACAUUGUACAAUAUAUUACAUUAAUUAAUGAAUACAAUUUUCAUCAUCACUCAUUCUAAUGAACACAAAGUAAUGUUCAACCAAAUCUUCCCAAUGACUUCUCCACAGGAAGGUCCAUACACAGUAACAGCUAGGAUCUUGGACCUCAAGUAACUGUUCAUUCAAAGUGUAUCUCAAUGUUGAUUUCAUGUCCUUGUUUGAUAAUUUAUAGGUCAAACACUGGUCCGAUGUUAAGUCACUGGUUUCUCCUGUGGUGUUCCUUCACAGCAAACACACAUGUUUCUCCCUGACAGGGCCUCUAGUCCCCUGGUUCUCCCUGACAGGGCCUCUAGUCCCCUGGUUCUCCCUGACAGGGCCUUUAGAUCCCUGGUUCUCCUAGACAGGGCCUCUAGUCCCCUGGUUCUCCCUGACAGGGCCUCUAGUCCCCUGGUUCUCCCUGACAGGGCCUCUAGUCCCCUGGUUCUCCCUGAAAGGGCCUUUAGAUCCCUGGUUCUACUAGACAGGGCCUCUAGAGCCCUGGUUCUCCCUGACAGGGCCUCUAGGCCCCUGGUUCUCCCUGACAGGGCCUCUAGUCCCCUGGUUCUCCCCGACAGGGCCUCUAGUCCCCUGGUUCUCCCCGACAGGGCCUCUAGUCCCCUGGUUCUCCCUGACAGGGCCUCUAGUCCCCUGGUUCUCCCAGACAGGGCCUCUAGUCCCCUGGUAACCUCCCUUGCCCACCCAUGGACUGAUCAGGACCUCCAGUGCCGGAGGGAUAGACUCUAAGCCCUUCUGAGCUCCAUCUCCUGAGUUGACAUAGCUGAUAUACAGAGGGCUGACGGGGAAGAGGGCUGCGGGGAGGAGGGGGAGGAGGGGUCCUUGAACAACAAAUGGGGAGGGAGAUGGAGAUAGAGAUGGAGUGAGAGUAAAUGAUUUGUGAAGGGGGUAGGUCAUUUGGCACCAAUUAACCCCAGCUUUUUGUGGUGGUGCGGAGAAGCUGACCUUUGAGAUGCGAUGCUAUUUGCUUUCCUUUAACCUUUGAGGCUCAAUGUGAACACACUGUGAAAUUUGAGAGGGGAUGAGGAGAGCAUGUGUGUGUGUGUGUGUGUGUGUGUGUGUGUGUGAGCACGCGCUUGUAUGUAGCACACAGGUGUUUUUUCUGUAUUUGUAGCUUUAGAGGUGCUGCCUGCAUACUGUAAAAAGAUGGCUCCACCUAAGCUCUAUGGACUCUUCUGACAGUCUCACAAACUCUCACUCUCUCCAAGGGGAAUCACCUGGAGUUUAUCCCUAGAGAGGAGCUGUCACAGAUACGGGCAGGAGAAGACUGUGUGCGUGUGUGCGCGUGCAUGCGUAUGAGAGAGUGUGCACGUGUGUCUAGCACCACUGCAGCAGCAUCCUAUUUCAUGCUGAGGCAAAGCAUGCCUGUGUUGAUUUGGUUGGUUUGUUGCUUUGUGUGUGCAUUUUAUCCAAUGGUAUUCCUUAAUUCAUGAAGCAUGUAGAACUCUUUACCUCAACGGAUCGGCUUAUACAGUAACUGGUCCCUGAAACAUGGAAUGCAGUCAGUGCAGACAGGCGUAACAUGGAUGACAAGGGAUAUUAUUUGGCACAUCUUUUUCACAUCCCUUUUGUGUUUUUGUGCUCAGUAAUGUUCAAAUCCUCAUCAUGAUGAUAAUUCCACCUCGUUUGCUUUUAAGAGACUAUUUUACAGAUUCAGAGAAUUGGGUGUGCUCAUAAAUAUGGUUGGAUAUUAAUUAUAGUGAAUAGAAAAUGGAAUGUAGAUCAGUCCUUGUAAUGUUAUCAAGGGAUUCCCUUGUUGGUCUAUAUAUCUUGAUUCCUAAGUAUUCAUUAAAGCAACCUAGAAUGA